AUGCCGACUCCGCCGGAGGCUUUGAAUCACAUCUGUAAUGUUUGCCACAAGGGAUUCCGGUCAGGCCAAGCCUUGGGAGGUCACAAGAGUAUGCACUUCCGCGAGAGCGAGGCAAUCGCUAGUGCUAUUGCUACUACCAGUGACCUAGUUUGUUGUCUCUCUUGCGGCAUGAACUUCUACUCCAAGGAAGCGCUGUUUCGACACCUGAGGUCUCACAAUCAAAGUCUGUCCCCUCAGGGAGUCUAUAACAGCAGCAGCUCUUCUUCCACUGUGUCUGAUCACUCUGAUGAGGCUAUGUUUGAUGAUGAUGGGGUAGAUUCGGGUUUCGAUUUGUCGAAAACUCUACCUUUAGGUUGGUCUUGCACUGGAAAGAGGAAAAGGACAUCCUCUGACUUCUCUGGCUCUGAUGAAACUGCUGUGGAUUCGAGUCCCGGAUUGGAACUGGUGACUUUUGAUAAGAAACUGGAAGCGGAGGAGUUCAGGGGUCUUCUGAUGUUGGCUGAGGUAUGUGCAGAGGAGGCUAGUGGCAGACCUUUGGUUGAUCAUGACCAUGUUUAUGAUGAUGAGAUCGAAAUAAGGUAUGUCGAAAUCAAAUGCAAGAGGAGGCGGCUGAAUAAUGAACAUGAGACAAGAUGGCUUGCAACUGAUCGUUAUGAUUACAAUUGCAAUGACAUUGAUGAGUUUAGAUGCAAGCUUUGCAAUAAAACAUUCACAAGUUACCAAGCUUUGGGAGGUCACAUGACAAGCCAUAACCGGCUCAAGAACAACACCGCGGAUCCUGAUCAUGACAGUUUUAGUUUCGAAUGUAAGAGUGAACAACAUCCUCAUCCUCAUCCAGUGGUUAAUGUAUACCGCUGCAAUAAUUGCGAUAGAACAUUCUCAAGUUUUCAAGCCUUGGGAGGGCACAAGUCAAGCCAGUGCAAGGAUCAUGUAAACAACAACACCCACAGCUCGGCAGAUAACAGUGUAGUUAAAGAUAACAAUGAUCCUGCUGAGCCUCGUCAAGAUGAAGUGCACAGAUGCCAUGUUUGCAAUAAAGUAUUCGCAAGCUACCAUGCUUUGGGAGGCCAUGUAUCAAGCCAUUCGAAGAAUAAGAACAACAAUAAUGUGGAUCAAGAUCAAUCUAAUUCUGCCGAUACAUCAACUGGUAGUGCUGAAAAUAAGAAUGAGCGUCAAAAGCUCUAUCAAACAGUGCCUCACCAAUGCAAAGUAUGCGGCACGACUUUUCAGACAGGUCAGGCCUUGGGGGGUCAUCAGAGGCUUCAUUUUAAACGCCCAACUCAAGCUCCAGGUAAAUCGAGUCAGCAGAGUAGUGCUCGUAAACACCUCGAAAUUGAUCUCAAUGAGAUUCCAUCUAUGGAGGAUGAAGAUGGAAUAUACGAGCCGAGUGUCAUCUUGACAUUAAGUUAG